AUGUCGCCUGGCUUUUGGUCCAUCUUCAACUUCAUCAAAUUUCGCUAUGGAUUUGAGGCGUUACGGGCUGUACGUGCCUACUGUGACUGUGCCAUGCGUCUAGCCCGUCUUACGUGUCAUCUUCGCUUCAACAUGGAAUGUUCAAGAAGAGGGAUAACCCCAAUAUCCCUCAGGUGCAAACCGCUGGUGAACACACCCCGUGGAUUUGCAUUAUCAAGGAAGUACAGCAAACAGUGCCUCGUGGCUAGAAUCCAAGAAAACAAACGUGACAUCAGGACCUGCCGGGACCAGCUGCAGACCUGCGAGCGAACCACAACCCGUGUCAUACCGUCGGACCUAAUGCACCAAGUCUACGCUACAAGGCAGAAAGUAGAAGAACAAGAACGAGUCAAGUACGGCACCAGACAUCAACGUAAGUUGAACGCUCUGCUACCUGACGUACCUCCACGUGCAAGAAACACCGAAGUCGUAAACCUCUCUUCCAAAACCUUAUCAAAGGAUCAAGAAGCUGUUCUCGGUAGAGGUUUGAAUUUUGCCCCUACUAACAGUAAGAUACCACACAGAGACAUCGUAGCAGAAGUCGAGGAGAAGUUCCGUUUCAUAAAGGACACUGGUGCUGUAAACCUAGCUAGAAACCGCCUCAUGGGAGUCAUCUCGAAGAAAUGGGAGCUACCACAGAACAACUUGACAAGAAACGAAAGGCAAGCCCUACAAGAACUGAGAACGGAUAGCACCAUCAUGAUACUUCCAUCGGACAAAGGGAAAAGUACCGUAGUCAUGGAUAAGGAAGCAUACAUCAGUAAAACGAAGGAACUGUUCCAGGACAAAUCUCGCUUUAUCGAACUACCCACUGAUCCUACGCAGAAAUCGGAACGAGCAUUAGUCCAGCGCCUUCGACAAUUAAGAGAGUGCGGAAGCAUUUCUGAUACGGUCUACAAACGGCUGUUUUCGUCCGAUGGAGCAACCCCCAGAGCGUACGGCUUACCUAAGGUACAUAAGCCCGACGUACCACUCCGACCGAUAGUGUCCUUCACGGGUGCACCAACGUAUCAGCUUUCAAGGUUCCUCGUUGAACUGUUGAGUCCCAUCAUGUACAAGAAUGGACACUCUACAAAGAACUCACGCGCUGAUGCCAGACGUGAAUGCAGUUCCGGUGAUCCGAGUCGCGAGUCGCAUGUGCUGAGUAAGAAUUUGCUGUCACAAGCCGAUACAGGUCCUUCUCAGCUCUUGCCUUCGCUAAAACCACCUCAUUCUUCGUGA